GCCCAGAACGACCCGAGAAGACCCAACCGGCCGCACCAGCAUCCGCCCGAGAAGACCUGUUGAACCACCGGCCGCAGUCGGGAAGACUCCGACCGGCCACGACGCCGCCGCCGCGGCGCCCACCACUGCGUGCGUCGCGUAACCUCCCCACGCGCGGCCCCGCCAUGCGCGCCGAGGCUACCCAGAUCAGCGCCUUCACCGCCGCGGCCGCGCACGCGCUCUGCUUCGCCGGCCUCGCUGGCCGCGGCGUGCUCGUCUCCGACCCCGCGCGUGCCCUCCGCCUCCUCGUGGUCUGUGAAGCGCCGAUUGUCAUUGCGGUAUUCAGCUACCUCCGGCGGGACCCCACACGCUGCUCGUUUCUCAAGGCGGCUGCGAGAGGAUUGCUCGGCUUGCCCGUGGGAGCAUUCCUAAAUGCAUUUGGAGCAAUUGUUCUUGGUGCACCUGUCGGAAUCAAGUACUGGAUAGCAACGACUUAUUGGUCACUUCUCAUGUCCCUGUUCACAUUUGUUCCCGCAGCAUGUGUCUACGGAGCAUCCAAGAUUGAUUGGCAGAAUGUGCUUUCUCAUUCCAUUUAUUUCGUACCAACUGAUGUUAUGGACUACAUGAUCUCUGCACCUUGUCAUGGAGCUGUAAUAGGAGCAUGGCUCGGUGCUUGGCCUAUGCCCCUUGACUGGGAGAGACCUUGGCAGGAAUGGCCAAUCUGCGUCACCUAUGGUGCAGUUGCUGGGCAUUUGAUUGGAAUGGUAGUGUCAUUGGUCCUGAUAGUUGUUCACAAGAGAAGGGUUCGUGCAAAAGCUGACUAGCCUGCUGCCGUGCUUCUAUUUUUUUUUUUCCUUUUGUUAAGAUAUGAGUAAUCCAGAUUUUUGUAGUGUACAACUCUUCUUCCACAAAGCUAUGGAUUUAUCGAUUAGCUUUCUUGUUAUAGUGUAAGUACUGAUGGCUUUCAAUAGGUUCACAUUGUUAGCUCUUUCAGCUAGCAUUUUUGGCCUUUUGCAGCUGUACAUUAUUUUAUUGAAUGUAAUGAGAAGGAUUGAUGUUUAGUUUUUCUA